AUGACGGACGAUGCUUAUCGCCCUUAUUCCGGUACCACGGCAUGCGCACAAAGUCAGGUGAGGCAGUGUUCCAAACCAAGCGAGUGUGCCGGCGUUCAAGGGUAUUCCGAAACUCUCGACUUUUCGACACCCCACGACCCUCACCUUCUCGACAUCCCCAUUUUCAGUCGGUACGUAUUCGACCCUUGCGCACCUACUAUUCCUUUCAACAUGCGCCAAUCGAUACUUGAAAUUGUGUUAUAUGUCGACGGCACGGAUGGCGGACGAUUCGACCUCAACAUCAUCGGUUCACGAAGCGAUAAUUACCGAUCUGCAUGA